AUGCCAGUGUACGACUUGGCGCUCCGGCUGAUCGAAGAGGACAGCCAGGCGAUCAAGAACGAGGUCGCGCAGGCGCGCAAGGAGGUGGAGGCGCUCGCGCAGGAGGUGAACGGCUUAAACGCUACCGCGGAGGGCUACGAGGCGAAAGCGCGCCAGCUGGAGGAGAAGCGAAGGCACCUGGAGGUCCUGGAGGUGCAGAGUGAGGUCAACCUGCCGAGCGUGCGCUAUGCGGUGGAGACGGGAAAGGCCGACCUGACGAAACCCAGCCACCGCAAAAUCCUCGAGAAUAAGUGGAGGAAUGAGGGUGACUUGGACUUGCUGAUGGAGCGUAUAUAUCAGAUGAACAUUGUCCCCGACGUCGUGCCCGCUCUGCACCCCUCCAUCAACCUCAAGUGCAAUUUUGUCACCCCGGAAUCCGCCAAGCGGAGGUCGUACGCGGCGGAGGUGCAGGCGGCGAAGGACAAGGGCGUUGAGCCGCCAGCAAAGACGCCCAAGUCGAGAGCGCCUGUUGACGCCGGUGCUUACUUGUCGCCCGCGCAGACGAUCGACCCGCCGACACUGUACGCCGACGUCUUCCACCCGGACACCCGGCUGUACACCCUGCUCAUGGUCGACCCCGACGUCCCGGACGUCGAGAACCAGACGUACACGACCUACUUGCACUGGAUGGCGUGA